AUGGGAGACACCCUUGUGCCUGCCACGCAAAUCAAAAGCUUGAUUGAGACUUUGAUCGAGAAUGGUGUUAUUCAAGGCGAUUUGGUGGAAUCUUGGAACAAAAAAUCCCAGCAGAUGAAGGAGAAGGAAGAAUUGCUACAAAAGACAAAUGAUGGCAAUGAGGGCAUGCUGAAAGUGGUAGAAGGUUUUGCCAGAGGAGUCAAUGGUUUUGAGAAGAACCGACCCAAAGCAUAUCGUUGGUGCCAAAAGUUGCAUGAUGUUGGCAGCGUGAAAGGAAGAGCUCGUCUUGGUGAAUAUCUUGUGAAAGGCCUGGGAACUCAGAAAUCAUUCACACUUGGCAUGCUGCACUUGGGCCAGGCUGCGUUUGCAGGAUCUGAUCUAGCUGCAUAUUUGCUUGGAUAUGCUUUUGCCAAGGGAAAAUAUGGCAUGCCUGUGAAAGAAAAAGAAGCCAUUUUUUGGUUCCGCAAGUGCUUGGGACCUUGUGCAUACUCACAUUUGAGUAGCAAAACGAAAGCGAAAGCACAAGAACACUUGAACGAGCUACUGGACAACCAGAAUAGAGGUUCUGACGAGGGAUCUGCUUCCUCUGACUAA